UUGAGACGCACUUUCACGAACACUUUUACUUGUUCGAUGUUUGAAGUUUUUCUUUAUAACAUUUAAUUUUAAUUAAAGUCAUUAAAAUGGUAGAUUAUAUGCGUGAGCAGCUUGAUGAACUGAUGGGAAGGAACCGGAACUUGCCGGCAGAUCAGAAAGGAAAAGAAAGAUCAUGGAAGGAUAGUGAAAAUUGCAAGUUUUUUCUGCAUUCAUUUUGUCCGCAUGAUUUAUUUGUGAAUACAAAAUCGGAUCUUGGUCCAUGCACAAAAUUACACGAUGAGGAAAUGCGGAAAAUGUAUCAGGAAGCAGCAAGAUGUAGUCGCAAAUUAGAUAUUGAAAACGAAUUUGUACGAUUUAUAUCAAACAUGAUUCAGGAAGUUGAUCGAAAGAUCCAGAAAGGAAAGCAGCGACUGGAUCUUAUGAAUUCAAAACUUGAUCAACGUCCUCUUUCUAAACAGGCAGAAACAAUUGCUAAUAUCAACGACAAAAUAUCAAAGCUCAUACGUGAAGCAGAAGAAGCUGGCGUGCGUGGAGAUGUCGAUCAAGCACAAAAUUUGAUGGAAUUGUGUGAUAAGAUGAAGGAAGACAAAGAUGCGCUCAUAAAGCAGUACGAAAGUUGUGGAUUUAAUUUCUCGGAGCAGAAGGAAAUGGAGGUAUGCAGUACAUGCGCAGCUUUUCUCGUUAUAGGCGAUGCACAAAGUCGGAUUGAUGAUCAUUUAAUGGGUAAGCAGCACAUUGGAUAUAGUAAGUUGAGAAAAGCACUUCAGGAUCAUAAAGCAUACAUUGAGAAGGAAUUGAAAGAACAACGAUCAGGAUCCAGUAGUAGUUCGCGACGUCGAGAUGAUCGAUAUAGAGAUGACCAUCGAAGGGAUAGAGAUAGACAGUAUGAUAGACGAGAUCGCAGACGUAGCCGUUCUCGGGAUAAACGUGAUGAUUACAAGUCUUCUAGGAACGAUAGGCGCAGUUCACCGAAAAAAUCUAGACGAGAUUCAAGGAGUCCUGAUCGACGAGAUCGUCAUAGACGUGAUCGCCGCAGUCGUUCAUAGACGAAAGUCCUCAAUUGCCCAUCUACAAAAGAUAUCAUCAAAACGUCAAUACGCAAUAGAUUCAACAAAUCCGCAAUAGAGGUACUCAAAAUAUCCUUUAAAUACUUUUUUAAAAACCCUUAUACAAAAUUAAUUAUUUGCAAAAAUAAUAAUUAAUAUCAAUAGAAAGCAAACCUUUCAGUGUAUGUAUCCUUAGGAAGAAG